AAACUGGUUCAGAGAGAUUGCUUAUAAAAUUAAUUUUCCCUAUUCCCUUAUUUUCUUCUCCAUCUCUCUAAUCUUUUUUCACAUAAUUUUCAUCUCAAAUAACAAAAAAAAAAAAAAAAAGGCCCACCACGGCUCCAACCCGAUUCGGCUCCGAAAUGGACUCAGAAUCUGAUUCGCUAUUGUAAAUCUGUUUAGGGUUCUUGAAACUUGGAGGAAUUGCUGCUUUGAAAUUUAUAUAUUUCGAUUUGGGAAGAGAACUUAUGGUUAAGGUUUUCGAUUUUGGGACCUUUUUUAUUAAAGGAGGAAAUUUGUGAUUGGGGGUCUGAUUUUAGGGUUUGGUUCGGUAUUAAUUUUCGAAACGGGGAAGAUAGGUGUCGGUUAGAGGAUAAUGUGUAUACUGUGUGUGAUUCAGAAGUGGUCUCGCCGGGUUGCUACCAUGCUGCCUUGGUUAGUUAUACCUCUAAUAGGUUUAUGGGCUCUUUCUCAGCUAUUGCCACCUGAUUUUCGAUUUGAGAUCACGUCCCCUAGGCUGGCUUGUGUUUUUGUGCUUCUGGUUACUCUAUUUUGGUAUGAGAUUUUGAUGCCCCAGCUAUCUGCUUGGAGGGUUAGAAGGAAUGCUCGUCUCAGGGAGAGGAAGAGGUUUGAAGCUAUAGAAUUACAGAAGCUUCGUAAGACUGCAACACGAAGGUGUCGGAACUGCCUGACUCCAUAUAGGGAUCAGAAUCCUGGUGGUGGGCGGUUUAUGUGCUCCUAUUGUGGCCAUAUUUCGAAGAGGCCUGUUUUAGAUUUGCCUGUUCCACCUGGUUUGGGGAUUUCAAAUUCUGGGAUUGUUAAUCUUGUUGGAAAAGGUGGGAAAAUCGUGAAUGGAAAGGGGUGGUCUGAGAAUGGGUGGAUGUGUGGGCAGGAUUGCUUGGAGAAUGGAAACUGGGUUACUGGGUCUGUUGCAGGGAAGCCUAGUUAUUGGCGGAAGAAUGGCACUGGAGUUUUUGGAGGAGAUGAGGAUUGUUUGGCCGAGAAAUCUUAUUCAGGCAUUGUUAUUUUUGCAUGCAAGAUGUUGACAUCCUUUUUCUUGUAUGUUAGGUGGCUUUUGAGAAAGAUUUUUAGGGUUAGUUCAUCGAAUGAUGAUGCUUCAUCUGAUGCAGACCACAGGGGGAUGUUGACUAAGAGGGGUGAGGAUGGCACAAGCUUUCAUGAGAGCAGAGGAGAAAAAGCACGCAGAAAAGCUGAAGAAAAGAGACAAGCUAGGUUAGAAAAGGAGCUUUUGGAGGAAGAAGAGAGAAAGCAAAGAGAGGAGGUUGCAAGACUGGUGGAGGAACGGAGGAGACUAAGGGACGAAAAACUGGAGGUUGAAAAAGAUUGCAGCAAACUAUCACCACCUGCUAGGGAGAAAGAGAUUAAAAAGGAAGCAGAAAAGAAGUGUAAAGAGAGAAGGAAAGAGAAAGAUAAAGUGUCUAGUAAGAGCAACUCUGAUGUAGAAGAGCUUGAGAAGAGAGCCUGUAAGGAAACUGAACGGAAGCGUGACAUUGAUAAGAAGAGUGAGAUUGAUCACUGGGAACAUCAAAAGUCUGGAACAGAUAAUGUCAAGGGUAGUACUCUAGAAACAGGACAUGGAAUGAAAAAUGCUUCUGCAAAUAAUUUCAGCCGGGGAAAUGCUGGAACCAGAUACUUUGAUCGUAUGAGGGGUACAUUUUUGUCAUCAUCUAAAGCUUUUACUGGAAGUAGUUUCUUUGGAAAGAGUACUAAUACUCCUACUGUUACAAAAGAAAGCAAAACUAACAAUUCUGUAGACCAUCUCCAUACUUCUGCCCAUAGGAGAGAUUUCUGUCCAUCGGAGCAUAUUGCUGGGAAGUUGAGUAUGAACGGAGAUGAUAAGAAUGUUAAAAUCAACUACCCUGUGCUUUCAGAACCCCAACUGAGGGCAGCACCUAAAAAGUCUUGGCAACAGUUAUUUACUUGUUCACCUUCUGUUCCUCCAGUCUCAAAUGCAAAUGUUAUUAGUAGACCUAAUUCAAAGAUUCUGUCAGAAGCUCAGAGCCCACCAUUACCUGGUCAUUCAACAAUACAAACAUUUGAUAAUCCUAUCAAUUUUGGACUGCCAUCACCAUUUAUAUCUACAUACCCAAAUGGAGCCCCCAGCAGUAGUUUAGGUUUCGCACCUGCUAUUGAACCCAUUUUCCCUCAUGCUGCUGAAGGGCUUCAUGAAUUUAUACCAGAAGAACCAGAGCUUUUUGCAGAACCCUGUUAUGUUCCUGAUCCGGUAUCCUUGCUUGGGCCUGUUUCUGAGUCGCUUGAUAACUUUCAAUUGGACUUGGGUGCUGGCUUUGGAAUAGACGUAGCGGUGGAAAGGCCUCAUGCUUUGAAGAAUAUAUCUGCUUCUUCUGAAAUUAACAAGCCCUCACCUAUUGAGUCUCCGUUGUCAAAAUUACGGUCUGCUGAUGAAAGGCAUAACAGUUCUAACAGGUUCCCAACUACCCCAAACGCCCAAGAUCUUCACACUUUUCCCGUGGAUGGUUCUAAUGCAAAUGAGAUAGGGACAUGGCAGAUGUGGAGCAGUUCUCCCCUUGGUCAGGAUGGUCUGGGUUUGGUGGGUGGUCCAGCAAGCUGGCUUUUACCUCUGGAACAUGAUAGAUCAAACAAGGAAGACUUUUUGCACCCUUCUUCUCAGAAAACUAUGGCAUCAUUGUUCACAAAAGAUGACCCUAUACUUGCUGGUAUACAAUCUCCUCGGAAGGUUUUUCUUGGUAAUUGCCAGAAAGGUGGAACAUUCAGUCCUGUAACUGGUCCAAGUGAUCAUGAUACGUGGUUACAGAAUGCUUUAUUUCCACCAUUGUCUGGUAGUGAUAACCAUUUUUCUAUGAAGCCUCAGGAGGAAAUGAGUGAAAUGAGUUAUGGAAGUCCCAGUGGAUCUGCAGGCACCCAUCCAUUUGAGCCAUCUCCUCUGAAUUGUUGGCCCAAGAAGGAAGGGGUUAUGCAAGGUUCAGUAGAAGAUGUUGGAAAGUCUUCUGUUUCAAUGCCACAUGUUGGGGGUUUAUUUCCCAACCCUGUUGUACAGUCACUUUGGUAAUUUAAUUGAAAUAGGAAAAAAGUGACAAAUUGCCAAUUGGAAGGGCUUUAAAUACCUCUAAUCUGUUCUCACUUCUCAAGAUCUUUUGGGAAGGGGGUUGGGGGAGUUUAGAAUUCUUGAUGAUGCAUUGUACCUUCUCUUCUUUAAGAGGGAGAUUAACGUUGACUUAACAUUAGCUUGGAUAGGAAAUACACGUGGGAUGCAUUCACUCGUGGCGUAAGGUGACAUCUAGGUAAAAUUAUACCGCUGCUUGAUUCUUUUUUAGCUUUAUUAUAUAAAUUUGCUGCUGGGGGUGC